CUCUUCUCUUGAGCGCUCAAUCGAUGGCUGCAGCUGGUAGCGGCAGUUUCCAGAACGGACGUCUUGCCUCGAAGCGUCUCAUGAUGCUCGUGGCCUUACUUCUCGUCUCCUGCUGUCCCGGCUAUGGCUUCGGCGAUGACGAUCAUGUCGAGGUGGAGGGAAUCAGCAGCAGUUGCAUGGAGAGCGAGAGGAGAGCUCUCCUCGCCAUCAAAUCCGAUAUGUACGACCCCGGCGACAGGUUUUCUUCUUGGACCGGCAAAGACUGCUGUGGGUGGAGAGGUGUGGCCUGCGACAACACCACCGGCCAUGUCACGAAGCUCGACCUCAGCUACCACGACACAUACACAUUCAUAUACCCAGACCCAUACUUAUACACAACCGAUACGUGGGAUGUGUUUAACGAUGGGGAAACAAUAGGCAUCAGCAAGGUAAAUCCAUCUUUGCAAGAAUUGAUGCAUUUGAAGUAUUUGGAUUUGAGCAUGAAUAACUUCUCCUACGCCCCUGUGCCCAAAAUGAUCGCUUCACUAGUCCACUUGGAAUAUCUCAACCUAUCUUAUGCCAGGUUCGAUGGACUGAUUCCUCCUCAGCUGGGGAACCUCUCAAACCUACACUAUCUCGACCUUCAGGGAUGGUAUUAUGAUGAUUUUCUACAUGUUGAUGAUCUCGAUUGGCUCUCCCGUAUUCCUUCUCUAAAAUAUCUUGACAUGAGUUAUGUCAACCUCUCCAAAGCAACCAAUUGGUUCUACAUAAUUAAUUCAAUCUCCACACUUGAAGUGCUACAUUUGAUUUAUGUAGACCUGCCAUAUGUUCCAUCUCCUUUGCCCCCUUUUAAUCUGACAACCAUUGCUACGUUGGAUCUGUCUUGGAAUUCCAUCAUCACGUCGACUAUGAUAAGCUGGCUUUCUAACGCCACCAGCCUCGAGAACCUCCUCCUUUCUAGCUGUGGGAGUCUCACUAUCGAGUCGCUACAAGUUGCUCUAGGGGCUCUCAGUAAUCUGAAGGGAUUGGAUUUGUCGUACAACUCCCUUGAAGGAACAAUUCUUGGAAUUCUGAACAAUGUCAGUAGCAGGGACUUCAAGCAUCUAGACUUGAGCAACAAUGGUUUAUCCGGAGAUAUUCCACAAACUCUAUGGAGACUGAGACGCCUGGAGUACCUAGACUUACAUCGGAAUUUAUAUGUCAAGGUACAUCUCUUAGCUUUGCUGGCGAAUCUCACAAACUUACGACAUUUAGACUUGAGGUACAACUUAAUCGGUGGAGAAAUUCCACCAACCGUAGGAAAUUUUGUCCGAUUGGAGUACCUAGAUUUGUCCAAUAAUGGCAUCAACGGAAAAAUACCAGAGAGCAUCGGCAACCUCACUAACCUAGUUGGAUUAGAUUUAUCAUGGAACAAAAUUGUCGGAUGCAUUCCAAAGACCUUGGGUACUCUCAUCCAUAUGAAGAUAUUAUAUUUGUCUGACAAUCGUAUUUUUGGACAAAUACCAGAAACCAUUGGGGGUCUUCAAAAUCUGCAAAUGUUAAAUUUAAAAUAUAACUUUAUUUCUGGACAGAUACCAAAAUCCAUUGGAGGUCUUCAAAAUCUGCAGAUGUUAUCUUUAGAGGAUAAUCUUAUUUCUGGACAGAUACCAGAAACUAUUGGGGGUCUCCAAAAUUUGAAGUUGUUGAUUCUUGAUUUUAACUCCAUUACCGGGCAAAUACCAAAUACGAUUGGUAGACUCCAUAGCUUGCUGCACUUGGACAUAUCACACAACAAUUUAUCAGGUCCGCUACCAAAAACUAUGGGUAGUCUGUGCAACUUGACCGUGCUGGAUUUGGUUUCUAACAACAUUAGUGGGGAGCUAACCGAUCUAUUUGAUGGUUUAUCCACCUGCGCACAAGGGGCAUCUUUACUUGCCUUAUAUAUGCAGAGUAACCAUUUAAGCGGCACUAUUCCUUCAAGUAUGGGUCAAUUAUCUCAAUUAGGAGAUAUAUUCCUCUCCUCAAACUCUUUGGUAGGUAACAUCACCGAAGCACAUUUUUCUAAUCUCACAAACUUAAUGGCAUUAGAAAUAUCUUUCAACUCCUUUGACAUAAUCCUACCAAAUGAUUGGCAUCCCCCAUUUAAUGUCAAAUAUCUUGGCAUGAGUUUUUCUCGUUUAAGAGCUGAAUUGCCUGCUUGGCUUCAAACUCAGACACGAUUAACAUUUCUAUAUCUACAUCGAGUUGGACUCUACGGUAACCUCCCGGUUUGGUUUGCAAAUUUCUCAAGAGGGUUGCAGAAUCUUGACAUGGGCUCUAACAAUUUGCAAGGUCAAUUACCUUUUACUCCCCAAUCGAUAUUGGAUCUCUCCAAUAACUCAUUUGCUGGACCCAUUCCCUCGAGCUUCGCAAAAGCUACGAGUCUCUCUCAAUUAUUUUUGUCUCAUAAUCAUAUAAGUGGUGGUUUUCCUCCCUUCUUUUGCAAAAUGAAAUCACUUCAAAUCCUUGACUUAUCUAACAAUCAUUUAAUCGGAGAAAUCCCGAUUUGUCAUGACUCAUUCCCUACCUCUCUACAAUAUUUUCAAUUGAAUAAUAACAAUCUGUCUGGAAUAAUUCCUUCGUUUCUGAGACAUUGUUCACACUUAAUUAUCCUUGAUUUUGGUGAUAAUAAAUUAUCUGGGAGAAUACCAACAAGUGGUGAUUUCUCUUCCUUCUUUUGUCAUAUGGACUCACUUGGAGUUCUCGAUCUAUCUAACAAUCACUUAAUUGGAGAAAUCUCGGAUUGUCAUAACUCAUUUCCAACCUCUUUAGAAUCUUUGCACUUAAAUAAUAACAAUCUAUCCGGAAUGAUUCCUUCAUUUUUAAAACACUGUAACAAAUUAAUUACCCUUGAUUUAGGUGAAAAUAAAUUAUUUGGUAAAAUUCCGAAAUGGAUAGGAAGAAACCUCGCGUCAUUGAAGGUUCUUCGUAUGAGGUCAAACUUAUUAUAUGGUGUUAUCCCCGAGAACAUAGUGAAUCUCACUUCUCUUCAGGUUUUGGAUCUUUCUUCCAACAAUUUAUUUGGUAGCCUACCAUCAUCUCUAGGAAAUUUCACUGCCAUGAUUGAGGUACAAAACAAUACGAGGUCAUUGCUUGAAGAUAACUAUUCUUACAACGAGAGCAUCUUAGUCACAACAAAGGGAUUAAUGGUUGAGUACACAACCAUUCUCUGGCUGGUGACAUGCAUAGACUUGUCAAAUAAUCAUCUCUAUGGUGAAAUCCCGAAAGAACUGACAAAGCUUCUCGGAUUGCGCUUCCUAAACUUAUCCAACAACCAUUUGACGGGGAGGAUUCCAGAAAACAUUGGUGACAUGAAAAUAUUGGAAUCGCUUGACUUAUCGGUGAACAGUCUCACAGGGGAGAUACCUUCGAGCUUUUCUGCAAUGAAUUUUCUGGCUCGUUUGAAUCUGUCUUAUAACAACUUAUCAGGAAAAAUACCAACGAGUGGUCAAUUGUCGACCUUUGACUCAUGGACAUAUGUGGGUAACAAAGACCUUUGCGGUACGCCACUGCCAGAUUGCCCUGUUUAUCAAACUCCACCUGACGCACGAGUUAAACAUGAAGACGACGACAAGCUCGACAAAUUAUUGGAGUACACCGGUAUUGUGGUUGGAUUUGUGGUUGGCUUUUGGCUGUUUACCGGCACGCUCAUCAUGAAGCAGGCCAUCAGAUUCGCUUUCUUCCGACGGAUCGACAAGACCAUUGACUGGAUCUAUGUUCAGUAUGCAGUUAAGCUUGCGAAGCUAAAAUCCAAAUGGCAAACAACGACAUGAACUGCCGGACUGGCAGAACUUUGAUUCAGGUGUUACCAGAAUGCUUUAUAUAAGUUCCCGAUUUGCUGCUAUUUUGGGGUUUCUAUAAUAAAAAGCAGAUUGCCACCAGUUCAGCUGAUGCAGGAGUCAAACUAGAAGAAGAUGAUGAUGGUGAUAAGCUUGAAACAAUAAUAUUAGAUGUUACUAGCGUUGUCGUGGGAUUCAUAGUUGUUUCUGGGGUUUCUUUCGGCGUAGUGAUCGUGAAGCAAGGCUUAAGGAUUACUCUCUUCCAACAAAAUGACAUCUAUGGCUGGAUGCAGAUAUGUGCAGCUGAAAGCUGAAGCCCAAAAUAAUGACGAAGAAUCAAUUGAACUGUGGCUAAGUGCUAAGAUUGUCUAUGUAGACUUCAUGUAUUUAUAUGUUCUAGUGUUUUAUUUCAUGAAUGACCAUUUAGUGUUGUCCAGAAAUAAGGUUAUUGUUUAAAGAUAACAUCUGAGACAUGGCAUCAGGAUUUCUCUGUUCCAGUUGAUCGACAGGACUUGUGAUUGGAUCUAUGUGCAGGUGGCAGUAGAGCUUAAGGAACCAAAGUGCAAAUGGCGAAGAAUGACUUGAAGAAUCACUAAGCAUCUCACGCUCAUGUCAUCCUCUUCAUGUUAUGAUGUAUUUAUGUUUCAUGUAAUCGUUGUAGUCUUUUUAGAGUCUUAAAUCUAUUGGCAACUUGCUGCUGGUUUUUA